AUGAGUUAUUACAAUACAUUCAGCCAGUCCAAUAGUUAUUUAGAUCUUCUCAACAGUCAAGGAGAGCCCCUUAACCAAGAAAACUCUUCUUCCGAAAUACCUCCAUGGAGCUCUCAAGAUUCCCCGGAUGUACCUCUUUCUCAAGAGGCACCUGCGAGGAAGGAAAGGAAGAAGUGGAAUCCGGCUGACGAUGAAAUUCUGAUCAGUGCUUGGCUGAAUACUUCGAAGGACCCGAUCAUUGCUAAUCAACAGAAGGGAGGAAGCUUUUGGCAAAGGGUUAAAAAAUACUAUAGAGAGUCUCCUCAUGCAAGAGCCAAGGGUGAACAGGGGCUGAACAUAAACUGCAAACAGAGGUGGUUCAAGAUCAAUGAGUUCACUAACAAAUUCUGUGGGGCAUAUGCAGCUGCAGAGAGACAAAACAGUAGUGGACAGUCUGAGCACGAUGUAUUGAAGAAAUUCCUUAACCAAAACGUGAUCAACACCCCCUCACCUUCAUCCAGAACAAAGAGGAAACCAGUUGAAUCAGCUUCACAAUCCGAUGCAACCAAUACUGAACAAGACUCGGAGAUACGGCCCCAAGGUAUCAAGGCUGCCAAGGCGGAUAGGAAGAAAGGUCAGGGAAAGGCUCUUGCUGAGUACACGAGCAUGUGGGAAGUCAAGAGGGUGGAUAUGGCUGAAAAGGAGAAGCUACAGAAGCUUGCCAUACUAGAUACAAUUCUUGCCAAACUGGAGCCACUUAGUGCAGCUGAUCAGCUUAUAAAGGAUAAGAUAGUGGCACAAUAUUUUACAGAUUGA